CUCCAUUUCCAGUUUUCGAUUUCUACAAAAUCACUUCAAAUUCGUUCUUAUUUCGAAGACGACGAUGAGCACCGGCGCGGGAAGCGGAACAACCAAGGGUGGGAGAGGCAAGCCAAAAGCCACCAAAUCCGUCUCUCGUUCAUCUAAGGCCGGUCUCCAAUUCCCAGUCGGAAGAAUCGCCAGGUUCCUCAAAUCCGGGAAAUACGCCGAGCGUGUCGGUGCCGGAGCUCCGGUAUAUCUCUCCGCUGUACUCGAAUACCUCGCCGCUGAGGUGUUGGAGCUAGCUGGGAACGCAGCAAGGGAUAACAAGAAGACACGUAUUGUACCAAGACACAUUCAGCUUGCGGUGAGGAACGAUGAGGAGCUAAGUAAGCUUUUGGGAAGCGUGACUAUUGCGAAUGGUGGAGUUUUGCCAAAUAUUCAUCAGAACCUUUUGCCUUCAAAGGUUGGGAAGAACAAAGGAGAUAUUGGAUCUGCUUCUCAGGAGUUCUGAGUUUUUUUUUCUUUCUUCUUCUUUUGUCACUUUCUUAGUUCAGUCUCUGUUGUUUGGAUUCCCUCUUUCUUUCUGGAAGAACUUGUAAAAUAGACCCUCAAGUUUGUAUUUUUGGCGAAUCAGAUUCAGUUUAAAAAGCUUUAAGUGUUGAAUGAUAUGAUAGUUUAGACUUAAAAA